UCUUCAGUGCCCUGGGCUGUUUCGCUGGUCUGAGCCUUAGGCCGGCUCCACGGGGACCUCGGCGCACGCAUGGACCUGCCCGCGCCCGGCGGGAAGCGGCCAGGCUGGCGGUGGCCCGGGCGGCGGAGCAGGGCCGAGGCAGCGGGCCCCUGAGCGCGCGCCCUGCAGGUCGGGCUGCAGCACCAUGAUGCCCGGCGAGACGCACCCGGCGGCGCCCGGGCCAGCCGACCUCGCGCGGUGUCAGGGCUGCGCCUCCCUGCAGCAGAACUUAAAUGAAUAUGUUGAAGCAUUAAUUGCCUUGAAACAAAAAAUUAUUAAUACAGAUAACCUGCUGACAGAAUAUCAGAAGAAAUGCGAUGAGCUGCAGUUUGCAAGAAGAGAGAACAGCACGCUGCAUCAUCAAGUAGAGCAGAUGCUCCAGAAAAUCUCCCCUCUGCAGAAGUGUCAAGAAGAAUUGGGAUCCUUGAAAGCCGAGCUGGAGGAGAAGAAGAGUUCUCUGAAACUGUAUCAGGACACUCACCAGGAAUAUGCUCGUGUGAAAGAAGAGUGCUUGAGAACUGACGCCCAGAAGAAGAAACUAGAAGCCAAGGUGAAGAAGCUGGAAGAGGCUGCUGUCAAGCAAACUCAGGACUUCAAGCAAUUGAGAAAUGAAAAGAAAAUACUUGAGAAGGAGUUUAAGAAGACACAGGAAAGGCUUGAUGAAUUUUCCAAACAGAAAACUGAGAAGGAGUUGAGGCACAUUGGAACACAAAUCUCGAGUGAUUCGCAUGGAAGCAUAGAUAAAAGGAAGGUGAAAGUUCUCCUGAAAGAGCUGUGGCUCUGUGUGAACACUGCGCACAGACUGUCCGGGGAGAGUGGCAGACGCAUCCCAGAAAAACCUGCCAAAGGAGACAGUGCACCCAGAGCCUCUGGGCAAGAUGAGCUGCUCCCGGUGCAAGGCAGCCCUCCCGGAGCUGCAGAUAUGCGCUCUUUCUUCACCAAGCUGUCCAUGGAGAUGGAGGGUGACUUCUCUUCCUCUGAGAGUGCAGAAGAAGAGCUGCCCGGUGGGGCAAGCCCAGGCACUGAGCACGAGCUGCCCGGUGGGGCAAGCCCGGGCACUGAGCGUGUCUUUCAUGAGGAGAGGCAUCCUGAAGUCUCGGUGCAGAGGCCUGAUGACAGCAACAGGACCAGCGUCUAUGACCAUGAACACUUUUUUGAUGAUGAUCUUCAAGCUGCAAUUGACUUCUUCAAACUUCCCCCUCCUCUUCUGUCUCCAGUGCCCUCACCCCCUCCAAUGGCAUCAGGCUCUUUACCGUCUUCCCUGGCCCCUGAAUCCUUCUCUGGAGAGUUCACGGAUUCCAGCGAUAGUGAUUCUGUCCCACCUAGAGACUCUAUGGAAUCUGCUUUGGAAGAUUACACAGCAGGGUCACGGGGUUAUUUUGAUUUGCUUGAAAAAAUUAAAAGGAGUGACACACUUGUGGAAAAGCCCUGGUCACUGGAAGCUGUCCAGGCUGUAAACACACUGACACAUCUUGGAUUUGACACUGGAAGAACAGCACUGGGAGAGCCCUCAGCCACAUCUUCUCUAGCUCGAGCAAGGCAUUGGACAGCAUCAUCUGAAUUUGUGAGGGACAGAGGCGACUCUGUAGAAGAGGCAGAGAGAAAGGUGGAGGCCAGGGAGGUAGAUAAGUCUGUGCAAGUUGGGAAAGGGCUGCUGAAGCAGAACAGGAGACUGUGGCCGGAGAUGGCAUCCAGAGGCCCAGCACGAAAGAAGGAAGCUGGAGCUGGGGAAUCGGAGAUUUGUUAUUCUUCCCUUGGCAAGAGGACGCUCAGUGAACUUACAGACUCUGAAGGAAAAACCCUGCCGUCAAAAACUUUGUGCCCAUCCCAGUCAGAAUUUUCUAAGCGGACACUCACUGAUGGCUUUGCUUCCAAGCCGCACUGUGUGACAGGUUCUGGCCAUUUUCAGAGAAGGGAAAGAGAUGCGCAGGAGUCCACUCCACAGUCAGGCUUGUGUGCAGCUGCAGCAGGUCGCGAGCGUUCAGCUAGUCUUCCUUCCUCUUCCUCUGCUACCUCGGUACCAGUGUCUGUCUGUAGUAACCGCCAGACUUCAUGGCUAGGGUGUGUCAGUGUAGACACUCCAGCAGACGUCACCUGCACAGAACAAAAGUCACCAACUAGAACUUCAAACCCAUUUCUUCUGCGGUCUGAGCCAACAGCAUGUUUUCCAAAAGAAAGUGACCCAGAGAAUAGCUUGUCUACUUUGAGUCCAAAGUCAAAAUUAGGAACAUCUGCCUUUAGUGACUGGAAGAGCAGGGGCCUGGAGUCCUUCAGCACUUUAAAAAGCACAGUGAAGGAACACUCACUUCCCCAGCCAGGAUUUCAGAAGUCAACAGGAGGAGGACAGUGUGGAGGCCGAGGGCGAGGCACUCCACUCAUACUGCCUAAGUCAGACUGGACCUCAUUGGCACGUUCGCCACCUGGCUUCACCAGAAGGAGCCCUGGGUCUACUGACAGUACCUCAUGGCACCGCAGUGAUGUCCUAAGGCGAGGUAGUGGGGGCAGCCCCAGAGCCACCUCGGAAUACCAGCAGAGGACCAGGCUUCAGCUAGAGAAGGCUGCACCAGCCUCACAGAACAGCAGGCGGACAGCUAUGCUUGGACCUCCUGGAAAAAGUACCAUCCCUCUGGAAUUUAAGGCAGCUGCUGCUUUACUCCCAAACCAAGUGUCCGUCAUAACAAAGCAGGCAAGACCCAAGAGGGUGCUGAGUAGCAGCCUGGAGCCCUGGCGGCCACGUGGGAGCACACUGAGUCCUGCUGUAAAUGGUGGCAAGGAGAAAGGUCUUCCGCCAUCAGGAGCAGCCUGUGUUAGAGAUGGAGACCUCAUAGCACAGAUCCCUGAGCAGGUAGCUGAUGAAGAAGCCCCUUCUCCAGAAGUUUCUGUGUCUUGGCAAAAACCUAGUUGUGAUUCUCUAAGUGGCUCCUUGCUCACAGAGAAUUUUAGUUGUUCCACAGAUCGUAAGUUACCUUUCUCCUCUGAAGACAACCUCUUCCAGUCUGUCAUGAAUGAACACUUGCUGCAGAAGCCCAGGAAGUCUCCCAAAACCACACAGUCAGGUGCCAGUGGGCUUCCAUCUGGGGUGACAUCAGAAGUCUUCCCUGCUGAACAGAUGCCCCAUGGACCCCAACCGCAGGCAAACCCUGAAGCCCCUGUGGUUGCCAGAGAUUCUCAUCAUGCUCCACAGAGUGCCAGCGCGCCUCACAGAGUGCCAAGCAGGGCUCCUCUCAGAGCUCGGGUGCCCACCAGCCCUGUUUGCCCUGCAGGCCUUGGCCAUGCAGAUGAGGAGACGCAAGGGACCUCUCAAAGUAGUCUCCCUGGGGCUUCCUAUUGCUACACAGGCAUCAGAGAGCGGGGAGGGGAAGACACGGAAAUGGAGGAUGAGGCUGUUAGUGGCAGUGAAGGAGAGCAGGAAGCUGAAGCUGUGCUGGGGCGCAGACAGCAGGAAGCCGCGGGAGACUCACGUAGAUCCCCGGGGAACCCAGAGGCUGCGGUGGGUGAGGCAGGGCACCCCUCAGAUGUAGGUGAUCUGACCUCCGCACUAAGAGAAUGUAACUUAAGCACUUUUCUUUACAUAGACAAGCUUUCUACAUCAGAGGUGGUUAUGGUUCUUGAAAGUUGUCAGUUAAGGGAUUAUAGUUCAAGGGCCUCUGUUUCAGAAUGUUCUAGCAAAGGAACCGUAAAUGAAGAAAUGAACAAAGAGUUAAGGCAAAGUGAAAUAUCCAGAAAGAAAUGUGGGAAGAGGUUCUGUGAAGAAGAACUACUCAGAGCCUCGGAAGAGUGGGCUGAGUCAGAGGGAGAUGACUGUCGUGGCAGGAAAUCAUGCCAACACACUCCGUGUCCUCUGGAAUUGCCAUCUGAUGUUCUCACCAAGACGGGGGAAGAACUUCAUACAAACCCUGUAGACUGCAGUGGGAAGGAUACUGAACACGUAUUGCUAGUAAACUCGCAUCACAGCCAGGCAGCUGAAGAUCUGACAGAAAACGCUCUGCCUGAGGAAACAUCCAGCCCCAUACCCCACACUGCUGAAUUACCUGAACCUCCAGCUGCGGAUGGUGGAGGCAGCUCCCCACUAAGUAGCAGGUCCGACCCUGAGCACAUUCAGAGCAGAUAUGAGGAUGAGCCCAGUUCUGAGGGAUGCCUCAGCACUGGGGAAGAGGGCCUGGCAGAACCAGAGGAGCUGUUGACUCUGAGUUCUGACUCUCCAGCCCCACCAAGGUUAGAGGAGAGUUCUGAUUGUGUGGCAGAGACGGCAUUUCGCUACCAGAUCUCUGCAGUGACCUCCGAAGUUAUAAGUGUACUUAUAAAUAAGGAUCAAGACCUCGUGAUCGAAAAGGGAGACAACUGGACUAUCAUCAGCGGUGUGGCCAUCUCCCCUGGCAUGGAACAAGUAGUUCUGUGUGAAACUCUUGGGGAUGCUGCUCCCUCCCAGGAUCAGGGAGGCCUACAUGACGGUUCUUUGGAGAAGUCCCCAGAAGCCAGUCCUUCUGGCCCUCUACCUCAAGAGCCUCCAUGUGGUGGUGAUCUCUCUGGCGCCCAAGAGGAUGCUGCCAGCAAUGGUCAGAGUGCCAACUUUGAUAAGAGUCGUCUUCGGAACAGACCUGUGAAACCUAGCAUCUGGAUUCGUUCUCAGAUAUAUGACCAGACACUUGAGACCGAGAAAGUUGCAUCUGAUCACACAUACUAUAACUGGAAAUUAGAGCCACUUGGUAAAAAUAAGUCUCGAUCAAAGGUUUCCAACAAAGAUCAAGCAAGCAAGCUAGCAAAGACACCAGGACUCGGCAGAGGGGAGGUGCAUCUUAGUGAGGACCUUCAGCCCGUAUCAGGGGAAAGAACAGAUACAGAGACACCAGGACUCAGCAGAGGGGAGGUGCAUCUUAGUGAGGACCUUCAGCCCGUAUCAGGGGAAAGAACAAACACAAAAACACCAGGAAGCCAUGCUCAGCCCGCUGUGGCAGGUACAGCUAUGUCUACCCCCACCAACUGUUCCCCUGACACUCUGAGCAAGAUCCGGCAAGAAGUGGGGCCGCCAUUGCCUCCAUUGCUCCCCCCACUAAUAGCCACACCUCCAAGGACAUCACGGACACUGUCUCCUCUGAUACCAAGUUCUAGUCCGUCCUCAAGGCCCUCACCUGCUGGCCAUGUUUCCCCCUUGUGUGAAGUUCCGGGGCCUCCUGUGUUGUCUCCAUGGCCUGAAGAGCUCCAGCAGGCCUCCCCACUCGAUCCCUCUCCAUCCCCUUCCACAGCAACGGCUAGUGGGAGGAUAGUGUCCUCUCCGCUGCAGUUCUGUGCUGCCACACCAAAGCACGCACUUCCUGUGCCUGGCCGACUCCCAUCCUGUGCACCAGGCCAUGCUUCAGUGAGUGGGCCUCAGGAGAAUUCCGUAAAAAUCCUUGACACCAUGUACCCAGAGUUGUCUGCCAGAGCCCGGACCCUCAGCCUCCUCAAAGGGAACAUGCAGCUCUCCCGAGGCUCCACUGUGGAUGGAAAGGUGUUGCCAGGGCGUGUCAGUGCUCUCCUAGGACUCAAAGCUAUAACCUCAACAUCAACUGCGUUUGUCCUAACAGGGGGCAGCUCUGCUGGUGACUGUAGCCAAGGUAAGUCACAAGAUUCGGGUGUUGAGCGUGAUGCAGGUGGGAAAAGAACACUAGCAGUCCCCAUGCUGAGGAGUGCUAAAAGACUGCGCCUGGACGAGUCCGAGUCCCCGGAACCAGACUCCAGGGAUGUCCCUGGGGAAGGAGUCCCUAAGGAGCCCCAAGGAGGAAGCCCACCAGCUGAAGUUGGUCCAGCUGAGGAAGAGCCAGCUGAUCUCCCAGUCUCCAGCUCAGCUUCACUUCUACGUGUAAACCCAAGGGAGAUGGCAGAGUCAUAUAAUAUAGCCAUAACUCGGGCUCUGAGGAAGAUUGCCGAGUCCUCUUUUGACCUGCUUCCUGUCAUCCGUAGUCACGUGUAUGUGGGAAAUAUCUCCAAAAAGCCUGUCAUGAGAGAUCAAGAGAAAGAAGUUGUUUAUGAAUUCAGCACAACAAACAAGCAUUUAGGAGAAUACUUACUUCGCUCUAUUCUCUCAGAGCUAAAGAUUCAGAAGACAUCUCUGGAUCAUAGUUACAUCCAUGCACUGUGCAGAGUGUACGUGGGCAUUUGUCGGCAACUUGGAGACUUGGAAAGAGCUCGUUUGUUCUGUUACAGCCUUCUGAAGGAAGAUUUUCCAGAAUCUGAGAAAUUGACUCUGUUCAUUGCCAACAUGUGGCGUGAAGUAUUUCUCUCCCAGUCAGCCAUCAGUGAAGCAAUGCAGCUGGUUGCCAGGCAGCGUGCCAGAGGAGAGGUUCUGAAUUGUUUGAGAGCUUUCCUGAGCUGGGAAAAGAAUGCUCCUAUAGAUGUCGGAAUUGUAGUUUCUAAGCUGCUUCUGACCAUUCAGCUGUGCCCCAAAACAGAAUUUCAGUCGAGUGAGGAGUUUGGUGAAGACCUAAGUGCAAACAUCUGGGAGUACAUAUUUGCCAUCGAUCUCCUCUGCUGCCACCAGAGGUGGAUUUGGACGCAUGACAACAUCAUAAGUAAAGAGCUGUGGCCUGUGAUGGAUAAGUGGAUCAAAUACAGGAAAGGACAUUCGAACAUCGCGUACACCCCUGAUGUCAUUGUAGCGUCUGUGCUGAGACUGAUUGGUCGAUUGGGCCAGUUGGGGUUGAAGGAGGGAUUUCCAACUGCUGUGAAGAAUAUCAGCUCAGUCAUUGGUAUGUUCAUACAACACGCUCAGGAUGAAGACAUCCCGUGGGGUGUGCAGCUUGCAGCUGUGUAUGCCCUCUGUGACCUGAGCCCCAGCAACCCCGCAGAGACAGCCAAGAUCCUAGAAGCCUGGCGGACACAGACGCCCAACACCAUUCCAUCCGCAGUCAUCAGCUGCCUGGAAGAGGUUGGCUCUCUGAGUGCCGAUGGCUCGGCUGGCUCUACAAGCAAAGAAGACUGUGCACCCUGAGAGCCGGGUGCUCAGCUCCCUGAGACAGGAAGGUCAUGGUCACUGCAGAGAGACAUGCUUCAGCAAGCUUUUCUGUAAAGGAUUUAGCUGUCUUCAGUGGAGAAGGCAGAGGAAGGCAUGAUGCAGAUGACGCCAGGAGCAGGAGCGCCUUGUGGGUUGAUGAGGACAGAAGCAGGCAGCUGUGUUUUCCCUCUACCACAUGCAUUUCAGUUAUGGCUGUAUGGUCACAGACAUAUAGAUUGUAUUAUUGUAUCUUGGUCAAACUACAAAAACUUGAACUUAGCCCUUUUUAUUUUUUGGCUGCAAAAAGUGUCCUUUUUAGUGGCUUUUAAUGGUUGAGUGGCAUUUUUUAUAAUGAUCUUAAACAUACAAAAACAUGAUUUGGUACCUGAGUCAUUUUUAGAGUUUAUGCUCAAAUAAAUGGCUAGGCAAAAGCAAAGUGGCUUUUGAAACAAGAACUAAGUGAGUCUCUCACUGUCGUAGCUGGAAAUGGCUGCAGAAGCACAGUGCGCAGCUACCGUAGUAGGACAGACUUAGUGGAAGUGUGCUUGAGCGUGUUUGCUCCCAUCUCUAAAUGUCCCGAACCAUAUCAAGACUGACGGACAGUGCAAGACUCCCAUUUGGCUGUGUAGAGAUGGCCAGUCUAAGGGAGCAGCAGAGCCCUGUGGGCUGUGUGCAUAGGGACAGCUCUGUGGGGUGUGUGCAUACAGACAGUGCUAUCUAUGAUGUGUCUCACAUUGGAUGAUAUUCCACUUUCGGAAUUUUUUAUUUGUAUAUAGAAAUGGGUUUAAUAACUCACUGUGAUUCUGAUUUGUCUUAUAUUCAUCAUUUCUUAAAACUCUUGUAUGUGUUUUUAUAAUAAAAAAUAAAAGCAAGCCAUACA